CUAUGAUGUAAUAAAUAUUUUGAAUGGUAGCUAAAUGCCGGAAUCAUAAUUGGGGUCGGUUAGAAUGAGACCUUCCUAAAUUCAGAUUGAAGACGAUCAAUAAGUUUCAACACAAAGACGAAAUUUUUUAUCUCCAACAUUUAGUUAAAAUCUACCCCUUUUUAGGGAAUUGUAUGCAGUUUUUAAAAUGAAUAUAGACAAUCGAGAUAAGCGCAAAACAGAGAACAAGAUUAUUCAAACAGUAUUAUUACUCUUACUGAUGAGAAGGUAUUCAAAAUACAAAUUAGGUAAUCUCUUGUCAUGCUUAAAUGAUCAAGUCUCUCAUGUUCAACUUAUUCCUAUAGGCAUUUUUUGUUAAUUAUCUUACUUAUAUGCACUGGAAAUAUAGUCAUCGCUACGUGCUCCUGCAAUUGUGGAUAUAGGACUUAAUAACAAUUUUUAUUCUGAUAUACUAUAACUACAGAAAAGGAGAUGAUUGCAUUUGGUAACUCAUAGAAACUAUGUUUCUAUUCUUUUUUAAAGUAUGCAUCAUCGUUUUAAUAGAUCUUCAUUGUCUUUUACUAUGAAGUUCAAGCAUUCAAGAUCUAUUUUAUCGCAAUAAUGAUGUUAGCGGUUUCAUCAUUGCUUUUGAUUAUGAAAUUAGUCUAAAAGAUAAAGACUCCGACUAAGACUAGCACUGCUUUAGUAUUAUAAUUAAAUAUAUUUGAGAUUUUGCAAUUCCUAAAGACAAUGUGCUGUCUCUAACUCUUGUUGAUUACACUUAAAUGGGAAUCAAAGAUCUCUUGGUCGUGGAUCCAGAUCUUUCUAUUAUUGUGGGUGUUCCUUGUAGUUUGUGCAUUAUUGUUAUUCAUUUCAUUAGUUAGUUGUAUUGAAACAUUGGUUAACAUUAUUAAAAAGAAAUAACAAUGUCAUUACUGUAAAUAUAUCGGUAUUCUUUAGUGGCAGGCAAUUUGUGGAUAUUUAUAAUGCUAAUAGGAUUUACUUUAUUUCCUUUUUUGUUCAUCCUGAGAACAGCUGAAUUUUAUGAGGAAAAUCAAUUAAUUUCAAUUACUGAAACUGCUAAAUACAUAGUAGUGAUCACUUUGUUUUCGUUAUUUCUUCUCAUUUUCACUCUUUGCUUCUACAAAUAAAUUAAGUAUGGUUCUCAAUUAUUAAUUAUUAGAGCUUACUUAAAAGAUGUUUAAGGAAUCUCAGAUUAAAAUGAUGUUGAUUAAUAACAAACAGUGUAAUCUCCGAAUUCCAGAUAACUUAAUUCCCCACAUUAAACCAAGAAAUUAGAAUUCGUUAAAUUGGGAAUACCUUUAUAUUUGAUCAAAUUAUCUUGUACUUACUUUGCUGUUCUGGACAAAGCCUCUUUUGAAUUCAAAAAAAAACAAAAAUCUCAUCAAGAGUUAGAAUCUGGUCGAUCGAAUCUUCAUGGUUCCACAAUGAGGGAAACCUGGAAAAAAAUACUACAAAAACCAGCUGCUAGCAAUUCUAUGAUUAUACAUAAAAAAUAGGCUGAAAUCGACUUAGAAAUAUAAAAACCUGCUAUCACUGAUAAUGGUAAUCAAAAAUCUUAUUUAUAACUUAGUCAAAGUAAAAAGGGAAGAAACCCCAGUUACUGUAUCGAAAUUGGAAUAAGAAGAGGAACCAGUUCGAUCUAUUAAAUCUAUUAAAUCUGAUGGGGAAUCAAGUGUGAAUUAAGACAAGUGUCUUGUUUGCUAUGAAAAUAUACCCAAUAUAGUUUUUGUACCAUGUCGUCAUGGAGGCAUCUGUUAGCAGUGUGCUGAGGAUGUAAUAUAAAAAUCAAAUGAAUGUUACUUAUGCAGAAAAGUAAUUUACUAAAAUAAACAAUUAGACUAUAAGUCAAAUUUUGAAAGUUUAAAAAAAUGUAAAUAAAUAAUUGGAAGUGUAAGAAGCAUCAAUUUUGGGCUGA